UAUCACGCUCUCGGAGUAUGUCGAGUAUGGACGAACCUCACAGCUUUUCUGAACUGAGGAUUGUUUUGCUGGGGAAGAACAGCUCAGAGAUCAGCAGAGUGGGAAACUCCAUCCUGAGCAGAGACGUGUUUGAUACUGAAGCUCCUCCUCCUUCAGUAGAGCAGCACAGUGAGAGAGCCAGAGGAAAUGUGGAGGGAAGAUACAUCACCCUAAUCAACACUCCUCACCUGUUUGAUCCUGAUAUCUCUGUGUAUCAGAUCACGGUGCGGAUUAAAGAGUGCAUGUCUCUGUGUGCUCCUGGACCUCAUGGUGUUGUGCUGAUUCUACAGCCAAACGACUUCACUGAGACAGACAGCAGCCGAAUUAAUCACAUCCUCAGCUCUCUGUCUGAGGAGGCCCAUAAAUACACCCUGGUUCUGACAACACAGAACAAAGAAACUGGCACCAGUUUAGAUCCAGUUCAGGAGAAGAUCAUACAGAAAGUCAUCACAAAAUACAGUAACAGACAUUUAGAGUGGAUUAAUUGUAGUUGUGCAACUUUUGUGGAAAUGAUAGAAAAGAUAGUUGAAGAGAAUGGAGGGAGCCUUAUCUGUGAGGAGUUUGAGGAGGCUUCAAUUGCUUUAGAACAUUAUCAUACAAAAGAGCAAGAACAUGAAGAAACAGAAGAACUACAAGAGUAUGACCAAACAGAACUGGAGGAACGUGAGGGGACAAAACAGCAAGGAUUUGAAGGUGAUCUACCUCAACAGAAGCAUGAGAAAAUUAAAACAACUCUAAUGACCAGUGUGACCAAACAUUUCAGUGGAUCUAAACCAAGAUCAAACGUAGUCCUGCUUGGGAGGGAAAAUGAAGCAAAGACCUCAAUAUCUAAACUUCUACUUGGUAAAAAAUUCUCUACAUCUCACCAGAAAGUGGAACAGAAGUCCAGCUCAGUGUGUGUAAGGAAGGAGGGAGAAGUGUGUGGACGUCUGAUCGAUCUGGUGGAGAUGCCAGCUCUCUACAACACUCAGCUCUCUGAAGAGGAAGUGAUGCAAGAGGCUUUCCACUGUGUCUCUCUCUGUGAUCCUGGAGUUCAUGCCUUUUUCAUAGUCAUUUCUGAAGGCCGCCUCACUGAUGAAGACAAAGCAGAAAUGGAGAUGAUCCAGAGAAUCUUCAGCUCAAGGCUCAACAAGAACACCAUAGUCCUAAUCAGCCGGCAAUCUCAGAGCAAAGAACUGGAUGCCAGUGUUAAGAAAGUGAUAAAGGCUUUUGGCAGACGAUACAAAUUUUUAGACAGCAAAACAGAUUCAACACAGCUGAUUAAAUGUUUGGAGAUGCUUCAUACAGAGAGCAGAGGGAGCCUGUACACCAUGGACAUGUAUGUAGAAGCCCAGGUUACAACACAGCUGCAGUACAAAAAACACAUUCAAAAUCUACAACAGAAAAUCAGUGAUCUUGAACGGAGGAACUGGAGUCAAAUACAAGGUUCACCAAAAAGCCCUGAGGCCUUGCGGAUUGUUCUGCUGGGGAAGACUGGAGUUGGGAAGAGUGCAACAGGAAACACCAUCUUGGGGAAAGAGGACGUGUUUAUGGAAGAUAUUGGUGGAUCAGUUACUGUUGUGUGUCAGAAAGAGUCAGCUGACAUACAUGGGAGGCAGAUCACUGUGGUUGACACUCCAGGACUGUUUGAUACUAAUGUUCCUAAUGUGGAGAUCACUAAAGAGAUCACUAAGUGCAUCUCCAUGGCAGCUCCAGGUCCACAUGUGUUCUUGCUGGUGCUGAGCAUCGGACAGCGCUUCACCCAAGAGGAGCAAGACACAGUGAAUAUGAUCAAGGAUACAUUUGGUGAAAAAUGUAAAAUGUACACUAUAGUGGUCUUCAGUAAAGGAGAUUUUCUAAAAGGAAACACAAUUGAACAGUACAUAGAGAAGUGUGGACCAACCUUGAAGAGAUUUCUGUUUGACUUUGGUAACAGAUAUCAUGUGCUCAACAACAGCAAUAAAAGCAGCUCCACCCAGGUCACUGAUCUACUGGAGAAGAUCGACUCCAUGGUGACAGUGAAUGGAGGGAGCUGCUACACUAAUGAGAUGUUCCAGCAGGUAGAGAAAGCUCUACAAGAUGAACAGGAGAGAAUAUUGAAGGAGAAAGAGGAGGAGAUAGAAAGAGAGAAAGAAAGACUGAAAGCCAAAUAUGAAGCUGAAAUGGAGGGAAUGAGAGUAGAGAUUCAGAAAGAAAAAGAAAAACAAGAAGCAGAAGGUAGAAGAAGAGAGAAAGAAUUUAAAGAAAAAGAACUGGAGAUAAAAAGAGAGAUGACUGAAAGGGAAAGGAAACAAAGAGAAGACAUAAAGAAAAGAAGAGAAGAAGAUGAGAAAAAGAUGCAAGAGUGGAUGGCUGAGAUUCACAGAGAAAGAGAGGAGAACAGACAACGGUGGGAGAAACAAAGAGAGGAAGAUCAGAAACGGAGAAAUCAGGAGGAGGAGGAAAGAAGAAAGAAAGAAGAAGAAUGGAAGAAAAAACAGAAUGAGGAAAGAGAGAAGUUUGAGAAAGAAAGAGAAGACAUGGAGAAGAAUGUAAGAGAAGAACUAAUGAAAUUACAGCAGGACUAUAAACAAAAGGCAGAAGAGGAGGAGAAAAGGCGAAAGGAACUGGAAGAGAAAAUCCAGCAUGCGGAGGAAAGUAAAAAGAAGGAGCUACAAGAGCUGCAGUUAACUCAGCAGAGAGAGUGGAUAAAGAGGAUGGAGGAGGAGGAGAAGAGGAGAGAAAAACAACAGAAAUAUUGGGAGAAAACAAUUGCAUCAAUGGAGGAAGCCUGGACUUUACAGCAGAUUAGAAAGCAAAAACAACAUGAAUGGGAAAAAGAAAAAGAAAUUGAGGGAAAAGAUUUAAAAGAAAAGGAGAGAAAAGAGAAAGAAGAACAGGAGAGGAAACGAAUAGAAAAUGAGGCAAAUGAAAAAAUAAGACAGAUGAAGGAACAACUGGAGGCACAAAGAGAGAAAGAGGAGAAAGAAAGAAAUGAAAAAGAAGAACAACUCAGAGAGGAAAUGGAGGAACAGCUACAGAAGCAGCUGGAGUCUUUUCGAAAAGAGAGAGAGGAAGAAGAGAUUAUACGGACUGAAGUUGAAAGGAGAAACCUUGAAUUCAUUAUAGAGACUCACACCAGAGAGAUAGAGAAUCUUAAAACACUGACUGAAGUAGUAGCAAGAAAACAAGCAGAGGAGGAGUUUCAUGCCAAACUUGAUGAAAAGGUAAAAGAGGCAAGAGACAAAGGAUUUGUAGAGGGCUGUGCAGAGGUAGAGGCAGAAAGAACAGCACUGGGCAGAAGAGUAGAUCGAUUUGUUCAUAAUGUUUGUCACACCAAGUUGGCCCUUAAUACAUGGCGUUCCUCACCCCCACUGGCCAUGCCAUUUGGGCUCAUGAAUGCCCCCACCAUCUUCCAGCGCUUCAUAAGUGAUGUGCUGAGGGAGGCCUUGGGUCACCAUGUACACGUCUACCUCGACAAUAUACUCAUUUACAGUCACUCCCUCGAGGAACACAUCGGGCAUGUCAGGCGAGUCCUCCAGCUGUUACUGGAGAACUGCCUGUAUGUUAAACUGGAGAAGUCAGAGUUCCAUGCCUCAACAGUAUCAUUCCUGGGCUUUGUGGUGUCUAAAGGCACCCUUUGCAUGGAUCCUGCCCAGAUCAAGGCUGUGGUGGCAUGGCUCUGUCCUACCUCUCUCGAGUUGGUCCAGCAGUUCCUGGAGUUUGUCAACUUCUUCUGGUGCUUCAUACGGAACUUUAUUUCUGUGGCGGCUCCCCUCACCUGGAAGACUCCAGUGGGCACCUUCCUAGUCAGACCCCACUCCAGAGCCCAUUAUUCCCACUCCUCGCAUUCUGGCUCCUCUCUAAUGGAAGCUGGAGACCAUCACCCAGGAGGCACUCCUGGUAAGAUGUACAUUCUCACAGCAUUUGGGUUCCCUCAGCCCAUGUUUGCUGAACAGUUUUGGGGUGAGGUUAGGGUCCCUGCUGCUGAACAAUUUGUAAGGCAUUGCCGGAGGGCAUGGCAGAAGGCCUGCGCAUUGCUGCUGACCACGACUGAGGCCAGGAAAUGCAUAGCUGACUGCAAGAGACAUGGCAUGCCAACUUUCUGUCAGCGAAUCUGGCUGUCUGUUAAGGACCGCCCUCACCAGCAUGGCACCCAGUAUCUGGUGGCCUGGGAGGGCUACGGACCCGAGGAGCGGUCUUGGGUUUCUGCACGCCACAUUUUCGACCUGGGACUCAUCCAGGAGUUCCGGCAGGUAAAAGGUGCCACAGUUGUAUGGACCUCCAAAAUUUAUGAGAAAGACCUGAAAGAGAUGCUUCCAGGAGACUAUGUCUAUGCCAAAGUCUUCAAAAGGAAGUGGAAUGAGCCCAGAUAUGAGGGGCCUUUCAAGCUAAACCCCAAGAUGCUGGAGAACCAUCCACUGCAGAUGUCCCUGCCCAACAGCCUGAGGAAGCUGCAGAUCAAACAACAGGUGAGUGGCAACUGGAUGUUGACAAAGGCCCCACUGACGACGAAGGAGGCAAAACUGCAGAAUCUGAGGAGCAGAUUAGCCAUCAGAAUGAUGAGUAAAAAGAUGAACUUGGUUGUGUGUGGGAGUGAUGGAACAGGGAAGUCCUCCAUAUCAGAUCUCAUACUGGGUCAGAGAGAGCGCUGUCCAGAGUCCAGCUCAGUGUGUGUGAGGAGGGAGGGAGAAGGGUGUGGAUGUCUGGUCACUCUGGUGGAGAUGCCAGCUCUCUACAACACUCAGCUCUCAGAGGAGGAAGUGAUGCAGGAGACUCUCCGCUGUGUCUCUCUCUGUGAUCCUGGAGUUCAUGCUUUUCUCCUUGUCAUUCCUGAUGGACGUCUCACUGAUGAAGACAAAAAAGAAAUAGAGAAGAUCCAGACAAUCUUUGGAUCCACGUUCAGCAACUACUCCAUGGUCCUCAUCACUAGAGAGACUGAGCAGGCAACAGUAGAUUUAGAUGAAGCAACUAAAGAUAUAAUUGAAACUUGUAAAGGACGUAGUCAUGUUUUAGACACCAACAGAAAGUCAGAGCUUUUGAAAUAUGUAGAGCAGAUGGUAGUACAAAACGGUGAAAGCUCCUAUACAGCACACAUGUAUUGCAGUGCACAUGUGGCUAAGGUUAGAAAACUGAGGAAUAAAAUCAGUAAUCUUAAAAAACAAAUAAAUCAGAUACAAGAAUCUUCCCCAGGUAGAGAUGAACUAAGAGUCGUGCUUCUGGGGAAGACUGGAGCGGGGAAGAGCGCUUCAGGAAACACCAUCCUGGAAAAUAAAGUUUUCAAAGAGUUGCUUUGCGCUCGAUCAGUUACCAGUGUGUGUCAGAAAGAAUCAGCUGAAGUCAGAGGGAGACGGAUCCCUGUGAUUGACACUCCAGGACUUUUUGAUACAGAUAUUCCUGAGAUAGAGGUCAGGAAGGAAAUUGCUAAGUGUAUCACCAUGGCAGCUCCAGGUCCACACGUCUUUCUGCUGGUUCUUACACUGGGACGCUUCACACAAGAGGAGAAAGAUGCAGUGAAGAUGAUCCAAGAUCUGUUUGGCGAUGAAUCCAGAAGAUACACCAUGGUGCUGUUCACCAGAGGAGAUGAUCUGCAGGAAAUGAAGAUGAGUAUUGAGGACUUUAUUAAAAAUUCAGAGUUUAGUUUACAAAACAUCAUUCACCAGUGUGAUAACAGACACCAUGUGUUCAAUAACAGAAAUCAUGAAGACCACAGUCAGGUCACUGAUCUACUGGAGAAGAUCAGCUCCAUGGUGGCAGUGAAUGGAGGGAGCUGUUACACUAAUGAGAUGUUCCAGCAAGUCGAGAAAGCUCUGAAAGAAGAUAAAGAAAGAAUACUCAUAGAGAGACAGAAGGAGAUAGAGAGAGAGAAAGAAGAACUGAAAGUUAAAUAUGAAGUUGAAAUUAAGAAAAUGAAGAAGACAAUGGAAGAGGUUAGGCACAGUCUGGAAAAAGAAAGGAGAGAAAAAGAAAAAGAGUUUCAAAAGAGAGAAGCACAAGUUAAGAUGGAGAAAAAUGAAGAACUCCGAAGAGAAAUGGACAAAAAACUUAGAGCACUGCAAGAUGCUUUUAAUAAGGAAGUAGAAAGAAAACAGCAGGCCCUUAAAGAACAGAUGCAUGAAGACCUGGAACAGGAAAAAGAAAAGUACAAGAGAAAAAAAGAAAAGAUGUUGAAGGAGGCAGAGAACAAGGCAAGACUGCAAGCUGAAAAGGAAUUCUGCUAUAAACUGGACAUGGCGGUGACCAAAGCCAGAGAACAGGGCAAGAAAGAGGGCUAUGAGGAAGGGAAGAGAGAUGCUGAAAGAGGUUCUGCGUCCCAUCAGUCAUAUGCAGGGCGACUAGCACAUGAAGGUUGCAAAUAUGUAGGCCCUGUAGGAGGUGCAGUAGGAGGACUUAUUGGUGGUAUUGUGGAUAAUUAUAUUAUACGUUUAUGAAAAAACUUUUGUAUAUAAACCACAAGAGAGGGGAGGCAACUCCAUAUUAAAACCCAUGAUUUUGGCAUAUGAUACUAAACAUUACACAAGACAGAUCCAAAUUAAUCAUUAAUUAUUGCUCAAAGUAUUUAGGUUCACAAAGUAUUCAUGACUCAUACAAAAUCUGUACAAAGCAUUUAUUAACUAUACAGUAACAUUACAGUAAAGUGAUAUUAUUGGUCCUGGUUCUGUGUAGCUAAGAGAAGAGCUUUUGUUUAUGAUUUCUCUUAAGUAACUUUUUAGUGAAGGCUCAGUGAAAGUAGGAGGCUAAUAGCUGAAUAUGCAUUUAAAAUAUUCACUUUUUAGGCUUUCAUGUUGCAGUCUUUUUCUGGGGUUAUUAUGAGUUUAAGUCUACAUUU